UGCUGACACAUUUUAAAAUGAUAUAUAAACUCAGAUUAACCAGAACAGCAGACACUCAACAUUAAAUGCUACAGAUUAGAGAGAAAAACCGGAUUUUGGAUGACCAGCGUAAUGCAGUAAUCCCUGCUCACAGUUUGUCAAAGUGUAAUUGCCUGUUUCUUGUUUCCAGUGGUCGUUCUCCGCUAACAUGGUGAUGUUGGAGCCGGGUCAGAGAUACCGGGUCUCUGUGUUCAACAUCCCAAAACCUGAGGUGGGCCACAGCGACUACGACAUCAAUAAGGAGGUCAUCGUUCCUGAUCAUCCAUCAAUCAUCACUCUUGGAGCCAUCAGCUAUCGCCUGACGAUGAAAUAGCCUCUGGAGCCAAUCCACAAAAUUUUGGUGCGUUUCUUCUGGUGUACACAGAUACAGCGAUAUAACAUUUUGGCUAAACUCUAUAACAGCUGUCUGCUUGUGAUUGCAGGUAAAUUAAAAAGCCUAUAGCAGAUGCAUUUCGGUCCAACUUGAAGAGGUCAAGACUCAAAUCAUAUUCCUCACAGAUUCUACACAUUUACAUGCACGAUCUGUUUAAAGAGAUACUUUUUGUUGAACUUUGACCGAACAGCUCCACAAGUGUAUCACCUCCAAGUAAUAUUCUAACUCUUUCAAAGACACGCACAUACACAAACACACACACCUGUUCUGGCUAAGCUGGCAUGGAGGGUAUUACAAAUCUGUAUGUACACUGUCUACAGCACAGACACGACAGAUUGAAGUGAAUGAAACUGUGUUCCUGUGCCACCUAGUGGUGAAUGUAUCACAGUGCACCUGUGCGUCACAGUCCAUGAGGUCUGUACUUCCAGGAAGAGACCUGAGUAAACUCUCCAUGGUGCAUUUGGGUCCGUAGGAAAAAUAUCGCAGACUAAAUCCUGCAGGUAUCAAGUGUUUUUUUAUGAAGGGAACACAUAAUACUGAGACAAUAUUCUUCUAGCUUUGUUGUCAUGCACAAUGAUAUUACUUAUAUUUAGUGAUAGCAAUGUCUGUGAGGGAAAUAUUUAGAAUUGGAAAAUGGUUUGGAUGCAGACCACUUUGUGUAAAACAGACUAUGAAAUGGUAUACCUGCUGAAAUUACUAAAACCAGUUCAGGUAGUUACAUGUUUUUGCUGUUGUGCAUAGUUAAACACAUCCAAGAGCCAUCUAACCAUUUAUUGAGAUAUAUGAAGUGAGGUAGGGUUAUUGUCAGAUUGUUAUUGUAGGAUUUGUAAAGAGUCUCUGUCCUCCAGUGAGCUAUCAGUGUCUGUGACUGGUCUUAAAGAUGGGAGGAUGGCCAAACUAUUUCUAAGGUGACCAUUCUAAGGGUAUGAAUGGAUUGUUGAGUUUGUGUUAAGCUGGCUUGUUUUCCUUGAUCAGGGGAAACUUUUGACAUAAUAGAAAGGAUCGACAAUAAGUUCUCAAACACUUGGCACAUUGACAUCGCGCAAACCCACUGGAGCUUGGAGGUUUCAAAGUUGUGUCCCCACUUCUUGUAAACUCCGUCAGAUAUUCAUUAAAAUGUUAUGCAAUCAGGCGAUCAUUGACUAAGUGAACAAUCAAAUGCAGCGCUUGUCAGAAAUUCUCUGAUUUCCCAUGUGCUCUGAAGGCGGCAUGAGGUAACUUACAGUUAACUGGUUAUUUCCUCGAACAGGAAGUUUUACAUUAAUCCACCGUCAGUCGACACAUUCUCAUGGUGCUGACACAUUGAAUUUAACUCACAGUUGGUCGUUAACUUCUUUUUCCCAUGGCGUUUUACUGAUCGAAUCUGAGAGAGGAUCAGUGAGACAGAAGAUGAUUCUCAGAGGAGCUUUGUUGUGGCUGUGUCUGGGUCUGUCGUCCUCAGUGAAGGUGUUGACAUGGCCCCCCCUCAACUGCUCCACACAGGGGUUGGAGUGUACCAUCACGACAAGUAACUGUAUGGACAAAAGUUGGCUGCAGCUUAACAAAUACACUCCCAGCAGUCCAGAGGAGCUGCAGGCGUCUGUUGACACCAGGCGGGACGAGGCAGGACACCUGCAGCCUGUACUGGACGCCAACUGGAAGAUAAGGGAUGAUGGAAGCAUCAAUUACCUAAAUGCCACAGAGCUUCAUGUUCUGGUGAUGUCCACAAAUCAGAACCUGUGUGUUCGAUAUUCCUUCAGAGAGAAACUCCUGAUGAGAAGUCCGUCAGGGGAAAAGUGGUCGUUCUCCGCUAACAUGGUGAUGUUGGAGCCGGGUCAGAGAUACCGGGUCUCUGUGUUCAACAUCCCAAAACCUGAGGUGGGCCACAGCGACUACGACAUCAAUAAGGAGGUCAUCGUUCCUGAUUGUCAAGAUCCCACCAUGCAGAUGACCCGGGUUUGCAUCGAGAGAGGGAGUCUGUGGCGGGCGAACAUCAGUCUGGCUAAGGUCCCUGCCGCCGGGGGGAGGUCUGCGCUGGCUGUCAGCUUCAGGCCCGACACACUGUGUGAGGAGUACAUCGUUAUUGUGAGCUGCUUCCCUGAUCAAGACUCAUACCGCGUAAACAAGGCCAAUCGCACAACUCUGAAUGCGACAUUCAGCCUUGAUAAAUGGCCGAGAUCCUGCUGCCAGUUCGACGUUCAGGUCAAACCUCUCUUCCCACAGUGUGGCCAGGACUGUACCCGUCAAGGAGCAACGUUGCAAAUUUGUGAUGUAAAACCGAUAGAUCAAGCCACCCCUGGUGUUCCCUCGUACACAUAUGUCAUCCUGAUGUUGAUGUUGACGUGUGUAGUGACGACAGUUAUUUCAUGUGUCUUCUGCAGGAAGCCAGGCAUAACUCGUGAUGCUGCAGCACCUCUGCCUGGUUUCAAACCGGCACAGUAUCAGCUUGAACAGCCUCCCAAAGUGCUGGUCAUCUACUCCCAGGACCACUAUCUCUACAGGGACAUAGUGCUAAAGCUCUGCGCUUUCCUCCAGGUCAAGUGUGGCGCCAAGGUGCUGGUAGACCUGCUCGACUCCACCUCGGUCGGCAUGGUGGGUCGCUUCCGCUGGCUGGAGUGGCAACGGCAACAGCUGUCAAAUCCGUCCGACAAAAUUCUGGUGCUGUGCUCGCAAGGCGUUCAGGCAAAGUGGAGGGCGUUGUGUGGUCAAGAUCGGGUGACGCUGAGGGAGGACCUCCUCUCCCCCACAGACGACAUGCUCACCCCCUUUCUCCACCUUUUCCUACCAGACAUGCACCAGGCAGGCAUGCAAGGCAAGUACAUGGCGGCAUACUUCGAUGACAUCAGCAGCGAACAAGACAUACCCUCGUUUUUCGACAUCACGGUCAAAUACAAGCUGAUGAAGCAUUUUGAAGAGCUGUACUUCCGCAUCGUGGACAUUGAAAAGUACCAGCCAGGUCAGGUCAACCACAUCGAGGGCAUUGGCGGGGACGAGUAUUUCAACUGUCCCUCGGGCAGAGCUCUGAAGAAUGCCAUCGAAAACUUCCAGGCCUACCAGUUGGAGAAUCCUGAUUGGUUUGAGAGGGAGUGUGUGGAGGAUGAGGAGGAGGUCAUGACUGACGCCAAUCUGCUGAUUGAGCAGCUGCAGAUCCCUCCAGUCCUACAGUGUGUUCCUCUAAUCAGAGAUGGCCCUCCUGUCCAAAUCAGUGAAGUAGAAAUCACUGAAAAUUGUGACAGUAUUUACGUCCUCACACCUGAACUGAGUUGCCAGCACCCUGGGUCAUCAGUGGUAGAACUUACACCAGAAGUAAACCCUGAGUACAACCAUCAGUAUCCAUCAGACCUGGAUGAAGUGUUAACAGAUCACAUGCACCCUCAUCGCCCUGGUCCAGAAUCCCACUUCAUAGUUGAGCCUGUUUUACACAAUCCCCCAUUGCCGAGACAGAACUGGCUAUCACUUGAGGAAGAACCACUGGGCCAAGUUCCCACUGAGGAUGAUGAAGAUGAUUCACUGCUGCAAAGAAGCCAACCCUCUGCUCAGUUGGACCUGAGAAGCUCGGCCCAACAGAACUCUCACAACUCAAACCCUUCAGACUCCUCAGGUGCAAACAUGAGGAGUGAUUAUCUCCCUCCGUCUGACAUCGGCCGCUCCGUGCCUUUGGAGAUGGACGAGGAUGAGGUUCUGGUGCCCAGUGGAAAGGGUCCAAACAGUGGCUCGGAUCAAGGCUACAUCUCCAAAAUUCCCUCUCAGCAUGAAUCCCCCUUCAAAGAAGAAGCUCUGGCGGCGCUGGCAAGGCUGCAGGAGGAGCUCUUUCAGCAGGAUCUCAGAUAUACAGAUUUAGAUCUUGAGGGGAACUGAUGCUCAUAGUCCACCCUAAGCCAUAGGUACCAGACUUUCCCAGGUUUAACCUACAUUACUUGUGUGAGCACCAUAAGUUCAGAAUGUAAUAGGAAUCAAGAACUCUAAAUGCUGUAUGUGGAUAUGGACAGUGCUUAUCCAUUACUUGUGGCCAGUAAAGUGCAACAUAUGUGUAAACAAUUCUGAAUAUAAUAAUCCAUACAUUAUCAAAAUGCUAAUAGUAUCAAUAUGAUCAUGACGUAAUGGAACACAAACAGGUGAACUUACAUUGUCGUACGUGGAUGUUGCACCAUGUUUUAGCCUGAUAUAAUCAUUCUUGAUUUGGUCAGUAGGGCUGGCCCCUCACAGCAAGAAGACUGCCGGUUCAAAUCCCAAUUUGGCCAGGGUCUUUCUGUGUGGAGUGUGCAUGUGUCUAUGUGGUUUUUGUCCUGCUUCCUUCAGCAGUCCAAACCCCUGCAGAUUGGGAUUGGCCCUCUCUCUCUCUCUCUCCUGUGGGCCUCAAAGGAUAAGAGGUAUAGCCCAUCGAUGGAUGGAUGUUGGACAUUUGCACACUCUUUUCAUGGAGCCAACAUCUAGCGGUUGAAUGAACCUCUGCUCGAGGUUUAGGUCUCAGAAAGAAAGAUGGAUUUUAAACUGAGCAAAGCAGAAUCUGCCCAGCACACACCAGAGGAUUCAUUCAGGAUCCUCAGAAUCUGCAGGUUCCGGAUCCAGAAUCUCUCUUCCAAACACUCUCCAAACCAAAAUGAUAGGAGCUUUAACAUCACAUUUGUAUGCUAACGCAGUCUUGAGAAAAGUAGCAUUUGGAAUAUCUGCUUAAAAUUGGCUUUUAGGUUCUGUGAUAUUUCAGUUAAUAUUGUACUGACAUGGUGUAUUUUAUUGCAAACAUUUGCUCUCAGUCAAUUUGCUAUUAAUACAUAUAUAAAAAUAAGUGGGUUAUUUUGCCCCACACCUAAUUUGUAACCCAGCCCCACUAGUGGGUUAAUCUGGCACUGAAGCCAUUAGCCUUUUGUUCUGAGCAGUUCACAACAACAUUCAUUUUCAGAUUUUUAUUUUGCAUUGAAGGACAUAUUCUGGGGUUAUAAUCUAUAUUCAAACUUAUUUGUUUAUGUCAUGUAAAUGUUAAGUUUUCUUUGUUGAACACUGAAUCUAACUUGCACUCAUCUUCGUUUUCCUUAGCUAUAAAAGAAUGUUUCCUAACUAAA